CCCAUAGAAAUAUCAUUCCAACCCGGCAUAUCCGAGCUCCUCUGAACCGGCAAGUUCUAGGCAAAAAGGAAAAAAUAGGAGACGAACUCGAAACCCUAGUACUUGCAGAGCGUAACGCAGUAGCAGUGGAAGUCGAAGAACAAUGUCGUCGACACUACUGGAGGUGACUCGUGCAUCGCACGAGGAAGUUGAGCGGUUCGAGCGCCUUAUUGUGAAGGAUCUCCAGACUGAGCCGGCCACUAACAGGGACCGGCUCCACCAGAGCCACCGCGUUCGUAACAUGAUCGAGCAAAUCAUUGAUACCACACACAAACUAGUAGAUAUAUAUGAAGACAAAGACGGAGCGAGGAAGGAUGAAAUUGCAGCUCUGGGAGGCCAGACAGCAACUGGAACAAAUGUGUUUAGUGCAUUUUAUGACAGAUUGAAAGAGAUUCGUGAGUACCAUAGAAGGCAUCCUGCUGCGCGUGCUAUUAUUGAUACUGGUGAUGAAUAUGAGCAGCUCCUCAAAGAAGAACCACAAAUUGAGUUUAGCGGCGAGGAAGGUUCUGGGCGAUACCUUGACUUACAUGAAUUGUUUAACGAGUAUAUCAACUCCAAAUUUGGUGAACCAAUUGAAUAUACGGCUUAUCUUAAUGUAUUUUCUGAACCACAGAAGAUUCCCCGUAAAGCAAAGACGACUAGGCGGUACCUAGAAUAUUUACAGAAACUAUUGGAGUAUCUGGUCUACUUUUUUGAGCGGACGGAGCCCUUGCAGGAUCUUGAUAGGAUAUUUUCAAAGGUAACAAGUGAAUUCGAAGAGGAGUGGACUUUGGGCAAGGUAGAAGGAUGGGAAAAUAAUGGUCAGGAAAAUGGAAGUGCUCCAGAGAAUCAUACUGUGAUUGAUCUUGAUUAUUAUAGUACAGCUGAGGAGCUGAUGGUAGUGGGACCAGAGAAGUUAAAGGAGGCAUUGGGAGCACUGGGACUGAAGACAGGAGGUACCAUUCAGCAACGUGCUGAGAGACUUUUCCUUACGAAGAACAUCUCGCUUGAAAAACUAGACAGAAAGCAUUUUGCCAAAGGUUCGCGGAAACCAGAGCAAAACAGUGUUGUUGCGACUUCUCACGUGGGUGAUGUUAAAGAGAUUGCUCUUCUGGAAGCCAAGAUAAGAAGGCUAUGUGAUCUGUUGGAUGAGACAAUUGUGCGGACAAGAGAAAAUGUUGAGAAAAAGCAGGCUUUGACAUAUGAAGAAAUGGAGGCAGAACGUGAAGAGGACGAUGUUCAGGCUGAGUCUGAGAGUGAUGAUGAAGACCAACAAAUUUAUAAUCCUCUGAAAUUGCCAAUGGGCUGGGAUGGGAAACCUAUUCCAUACUGGUUGUAUAAACUUCACGGUCUUGGUCAGGAGUUCAAGUGUGAGAUAUGUGGGAACCAUAGUUACUGGGGCCGUAGGGCUUAUGAGCGGCAUUUCAAGGAAUGGAGACAUCAACAUGGGAUGCGUUGUCUCGGUAUCCCAAAUACUAAAAACUUCAAUGAGAUCACAUCAAUCGAAGAAGCCAAGCUACUUUGGGAAAGAAUCCAAGAAAGACAAGGGGUGAAUAAGUGGCGCCCUGAUCUUGAAGAAGAAUAUGAAGAUCAGGAGGGCAACAUCUACAACAAAAAGACAUAUACUGAUCUUCAACGCCAGGGAUUGAUAUAGUUCAUCAUUCCAUUUGGCGGUAUGUUGCUUUAUUGGUUCUAGUUGAUCUGGAUGGAAAUGUUCUGCUCCUCUUUGCUUAUGCAUUUUCUUUUUAAUUUUUUCUAGAUGGUUUUGGUUGAGCAAGCUUCUUAUUAAGUAAGCGAUAGUUAAUGAAUUAUCCCAGAGAUAUGAUUCUUAUGUGAUUUGAUGUAUUCACCUGGUAACCCCUCUCAGAAGUUGCUUGGAAUUUCGAAUUCACCAAGUGGGGGACUGAGGGACGAGACAGAAACCUCUAUUUGGAGUGAAUGAAUGAAAGAACAUGCAUUGGUAUAAGCGAGGAUGUUUUUAGAUGGGCUAUUUGUUGUUAGUUUUUUUUUCUCUUGAAACAAAGUCGUGGUCCUUGGUUCGUUUGGUGUUUUUCAUGGGUCGCUUGGGGUUUCGAUGAAGACAUCCUGAUAUUUCUGUAUACAUCACUGUUAUCUGUACUUUGAAGCUGUAGUAGUAUUAGUAAAUGAACGAAAGCCGGUGCAUCUUAUUGCCAA